UGAAUUUUUAUUUUUGCUUAAUUGAAAUUUUUUGCUCUGCAACAAAAUUUUUGCUUUUAUUUUAUUUUAAUUAUUAUUCAAUUCUCUAUUACUCACUAUUUGUCUAAUCUUGUAUGCGAGGCCAGGCCUCAGCUGAACUUCUCUUUGACGCAGAAAUCGAAAAGACCGCUCGAGCAAAUCGAAAAGAAGCUCGAUUGAGAAAACUCAAAGAGAAGGAGGAAAGUAGUGAAGUAAACUUUGACACAGACGAACAGGUACACGAGGAAGUUAACGAGAUGGGAGAUGAAAAUCCGCCGCCACCACCAGUGGAGAGACUUCUCGGAGACUAUGGUGCCCGUGACAGAAACCGAAACAGGUUAACCAUUACUAAUCAGCCUGUGACGGUAAACAAGUUUGAAAUCAAUCCAGGAUUGCUGCGUGAGCUGAAGGAGAAACAGUUUGCAGGAAAGUACAAUGAAGAUGCCAAUAAGCACCUGAAGAAUUUCUUUGUGAUUUGUGAGACAACAAAGGUGGAUGGUAAUUCUGAAGAAGCCAAACGGUUGAGACUAUUUCCAUUCUCACUAACUGAUGAUGCCAAAGAAUGGUUCGACUCCUUACCAGCUGGUAGCAUAACAACUUGGAAUGAAAUGGAAGACAAGUUCUUGGAGCAGUUUUUUCCUACAGCUUUGUUUGUGAGAAGGCGACAAGACAUUUCCAACUUCCAACAAAAAGAUGGAGAAUCACUUGGAGAAGCUUACAAGAGGUAUAAGAAGUUACUAGCCGCAUGUCCAGAGCACAAUUAUGAUGGUACUGUUCAAAUGCAAAUUUUCUGCAAUGGUCUACUCCUUGCUACUAGACAAGUUUUAGACACAGCUUCUGGUGGUUCCAUAAAUUUCAAAACCGCUACUCAAAUCAUAAAAGUCAUUGAAGCUGUCGCACUAAAUGAACAAAUGGAGAUGUAUGACAGAACUGGUGGUACAAGAGGUGGACUCAUAGACCUGAAUCAAGUUGAACACAGAAAUGCUCAGAAUAUACUCACCAACAAGCAGAUUCAAGAGGCAGUGUCAGCUGAAGUAACAAAGAGAAUGGCAGCUCUUAAUUUAAGUCAACCUCUAGCUGCUUCAGUUAACCAGAUGAACACUGUGAGAUGUGACUGGUGUGCAGACCCUCAUUUCACUAUGCAUUGCGAUGUACCUAUGGAUGCAACACAAGUAGAAGCGGUGAAUUUUCUCAGCAACCAAACAAAUCGCCAACAGAAUAAUCCUUACUCAAACACAUUCAAUCCAGGCUGGAGGAAUCAUCCAAACUUCUCAUGGAAGAACCAACAAGGUGGCCCUCAAAGUCAACAACAAGGGGGUUACCAAGGAGGUACAUCAAAUCAAUCGUCAGUUCCACAAAAGAAGGCAGAUUGGGAGUUAGCUAUUGAAGCAAUGGCCACAAACAUGAACUCUUUCACUCAAGAGACAAGAGCAGCACAAAAGAAUACAACAGCUUCAAUAAAAAAUCUUGAAAUUCAGGUUGUUCAAAUUGCUCAACAACUCUCACAACGAGCUCCUGGAAGUCUUCCAAGCAAUACUGUUAUUAAUCCAAGAGACCAUGGUAGUGUGAAUGCUGUUGUUACAAGAAGUCAAAAAGUGAAUGAAUCACGAUCACCCAAUUUACAAAAGGGUGGGAGUGAGUCGUCGCCUACACUUGUUGAGGUAGAGUUGGAAGUUCGAAGUACUGAAAAAGAAGAUGAUGUUGAAGUGCUUGAAAAGAAAGAAGAACCAAUUGUGCAAAAGAAAGAGAGCCUUCCGAAACCAGAGAUCAAGUUACCUUUCCCUCAAAGGCUUAAAAAAGAAAAAGAUGAGAAGAAUUUCGGUAAGUUUCUAGAGGUGUUCAAAAAGCUUCAAAUCAACAUUCCUUUUGCCGAAGCUUUUGAGCAAAUGCCUACUUAUGCAAAGUUUAUGAAAGAUAUCAUCUCAAGAAAGAGAACUAUUGGUGAUGAGAAGGUGAGACUCACAGAGCAAUGUAGUGCAAUUUUACAACGGAAGAUUCCACAAAAACUCAAAGAUCCUGGAAGUGUCACUAUUCCUUGUACCAUUGGGGAUAGAACUUUCAAGAAAGCUUUAAUUGAUCUUGGAGCUAGUGUAAGUUUGAUGCCGCUUUCCAUUUACAAGAAGUUGGGUAUUGGGAAGAUUAAUAAUACCAGGAUGACAUUGGAGUUUGCUGACCAUUCAAUAAAACACCCAUACGGUAUUGUUGAAGAUGUUCUAAUGAAAGUGGACAAAUUAAUAUUUCUGAUGGAUUUUGUUGUUCUUGAGAUGCCGGAAGAUGAUGACAUCCCGUUGAUCCUUGGAAGACCAUUUUUAAGGACGGGAAGAUGUUUAAUUGAUUUAGAAGAUGGUACUUUAACUUUGAAAGUGUAUGAUGAAGUUGUCAAGUUAAAUGUCCUUGAAGCAAUGAAACAUCCAGAAGAAAAAGAGGAGUGCUAUAGGGUUAACAUUCUGAACUCAAUAAUUGGGGAACAAAUAAAACAUCAAGUCCCAAGUCUACCCCUUGAAAGAGUUUUGAGUUUGCCACCAGAAAUUGUUCAAGAAAAUAAAGACCCUAGAGAAUGUGAAGUUCUAACUAUGUUGGAGGCUCUUCCAUCCUACAACCGCCACACCCCUACUAGGUGGGAGGAGUUACAUCCCAAAGAAUAA